AGCCAGUCAUCUGUUGAUGGGCAUUUAGGCUGCUCCCACUCUUUGGCUAUUGUGAACAUAGGGGUGCAGAAGCCACUUCGAAUUAUUGUUUACUGAGAUACAGCAGAGAUAGAAAAGAGAGGAAGGGUGGGAGAGAUAGCAUAAGAUAGCAUAAGUCUGCAAAAGACUCUUACGCUGGAGGCUUCUGAAGUCCUGGGAUCAAUUCCCCCACCUCUACCCCAUCAUAAGACAGUGCUCUGGUUAAACAAAAACAAACAAGGCAAAAAAAAGAAAAAGAAAGAAAGAAAGAAAGAAAGAAAGAAAGAAAGUGAAAAAACGCAUACUUUAGGAGAGAGAGACACACACACACAGAAAUGGCAGCAAGGACCCCAGCUUCUAAUUUUUGUAGUGGGUUGGGGUGGCGGGGUUAAGGGGAGGGGUUGCUAAUGUCCUUUCUCCAGGGGAGUCUUUCCAGAAGCAGCCCCCUAAUACUGUACUUGCUGCUUCCAGCUCCAGCCCACCUGCUGUCCCGGCCUGUGCAGCCCUGUGGUCCCUCUCUGGUGGCCUCGGUCCCUGUGCCUGUCCCCAUGCUCCUGCGGCAGCUGCUGGCUGAGGGGGGACGGCCCUGCACCCCGGUGGGGCGUCUGCUGCUGCCAGCAGCGCUGGGCCUUCGCCUGGGCCUGCUAGUCGCCUGCGGGCCGGGGGUCUUCGGCGACGAUGAGCGCAGCGGCUUCGAGUGUCACACCCAGGAGCCUGGCUGCAGGGCCGCUUGCUAUGACGCCUUCCACCCGCUGUCCCCGCUGUGCUUCUGGGCCUUCCAGGUCCUGGUGGUGGCCGUGCCCAGUGCCCUCUACCUGGGGCUCACCCUGCACCAGGUGGUCCAGCAGUGGGAGGGCCUGGGGGACAGGGAGGAGGCCCUGGUGGCACAGGGCCAUGGCCCUCAGGGAGGCUCCAGGUUGCUCUGGGCAUAUGUCGUCCAGCUGGGGGUCCGGCUGGCCCUGGAGGGGGCUGCCCUGGGGGGCCAGUAUCAUCUAUUUGGUCUCAAGGUGCCGAACUCUAUCACUUGUCGCCGGGAGCCCUGCCUGGGCAGCAUCACCUGCCACCUAUCACGGCCCUCAGAGAAGAGCAUCUUCCUCAAGACCAUGUUUGGGGUCAGUGGGCUCUGUCUGUCUCUGACGCUCUUGGAGCUGGUGCUGCUGGCCCUAGGGGUGCUGUGGAGGGCCUGGAAGGCCCCCCAGUCACCACUUUCCAACUACUUCCGGACUCUGAAGAACUUCAGGACACCCAAGGAGCCCAGCACACAGGCCCCAGUGGUGGAAACCAAAGAGCAGCGGGAGGCAGAGUUGUGAAGACCCUCAGCUCUGAAGGAAACCCUGGGACCAUCUCCCCAGCAAGUAGUGAGCAGGGGCUUUGCCUCUGUGACAAGCUGAAAGCUUUGGAAGCAUCUGGAAGAGCCACACUGUCUGUCUGAAGCCCCCUAGAAGAACUCCAAAAUGGGCCUCCACCCAGCAUCACUGUUUGCAGAGGCCUCGGCUCUGGAAUCAGCCUGCAGAAUCUUCCUGGAACCCCUGCUUCUUCCCUGUCCUGCCAAAUAAAUAUUGACUGUG